AGGAAUCAAGCUGUUUCCAUGGUGACGGAGCGACAGCCUCGAUGGUCGAUUGAGCAGGUCUGCGCGAGGUUCCCAGAGGGCUGCGCGGGGUCGGUUCUUCGGCGCUGUCAUGGCGGGUGUGCUGAAGAAGACCACUGGCCUCGUGGGAUUGGCUGUGUGUGAGAGUCCACACGAGAGGCUCAGAAUAUUGUACACAAAGAUUCUUGAUGUUCUUGAGCAAAUCCCUAAAAAUGCAGCGUAUAGAAAAUAUACAGAGCAGAUUACAAAUGAGAAACUGGGAAUGGUUAAAGCGGAAUCAGAUGUUAAAAAAUURGAAGAGCAACUUCAGCAUGGCCAAAUAGAAGAGGUGAUUCUUCAGGCUGAAACUGAACUAAGUCUGGCAAGAAAAAUGCUGCAGUGGAAACCAUGGGAGCCAUUAAUAGAAGAACCUCCUGCUAACCAGUGGAAAUGGCCAAUAUAAUCAUUACAUGUAUUCUGUGGGCUGAUGGGAAACUGAUUUAAUUAAGUGUUCUGUUAUUUUUAAAAUGUUUCCAUGUAUUGACAUAAUCAAGAAAACUGACACAGGACACAUUGAAGAGACUAGUGUUUAUGGUAAUAGGGUCKURUGAAUCAGUUUUUGAUAAGCAGAGUAUUUGUGCAGAUUAUUUCAAAGAUGGAAUUUCUUUAAACAGAAAGUUUGAGGGAAGAUUUGAAAGUUAAUUAGAAAAAUUCCUAUAGAUCUUUAUUUCAGAGGUCAAAUCAAAAGUUUCAGUAUCUUUAGUAUGUUACUCAAUUUCAUUUCAUUAUCCUGAUAAAAAGAAAAAGCACUUUAUUAUUAUUGUCUAAACAAAUUUACUGGUCACCAUUUGAGAUGAAGUAGUAAGCAUGAAAAUGGUUAGUUGUGAGAAUAAUGGCAAAAAUAGUUCRUGAUAAAAUUUUCAAUUGUUGACCUCCUUGGCUGUGAUCUUAUGUAUAAAGGAAAACUUACAUAUAUGAUUCUGUAAUGACUAUCAAAUCCAUUAUAAAUGUCAUUUUAUUUUAGGCUGCGUUUGGAUUAUUUACUCUAUUUUCACUAUUUCCAUUUUAUCUUCAUUUUGUCACAUUUUGUUGUUACUUUAUUAGCCUUGAAAACCAUCUGAUUAGAACUCAUUGUACAAUUGAAGAAAUUGAUUUUUGGUACUUGAAAAAUUUCUUAUUUUUACAGAGUUUGUUGGAUAAGUUUUUCCUUUUGUUUCAUUUAAGGAAGUUAUCUGGCCCUUAGCCUUUAGUUUUAUUGAUCAACCCAACUACAUCAGGAUGGAUGUAGAAGUUCUUUUAAAAACGGUAGUAGGAGUUCCUGAAGUUUACCUGGUACACAUGAGUAUAUUCAAAAUAUCUUAGUCAUACAGGUAUAAUUUCAAAGUGGAAUCACUAAGUAGUUUUCACUGUUUGUAGUAUGCAUGCCAGGUAGGUAUCAAAUAGAAGACAAAUGCUGUUCAAGGAAAGAAGUUGGCAAGCUCAAGUUUGACAAAAAUCAAAUUACUUUGCAUCUGUCUUCGCCUUUUCUUCCUAGCUCCCCAUUAUUUCCAAAUACCCAGUUAAAUUUAUUUUUUUCUUCAUAGAUAAAUCAUAAAUACUUCCCUCUCUGUGUGUGGGCAUUUAUGUGUGUGCUCUCUCUUCUGGCUAAACUGAAUUAUUCAAAAUGAGAAAAAAAAUUGUAUUUUUUCUUUUUCCUAAUAUAUUUCUCCCUUAUAAAGCUGUAACCUAAUGCUAAAUUAAUAUUAAGUAGGUAAGUUGGGUUACUUUUUAGCCAUCAGAUUACAAGGGAGCUUCUUGUGGAUGGGAAGCAAAAGUAUUAAGGGAGGGUCAAGCCCAGGGUUCUCAUUCCUGCGGUUCUAGCACCAUUGUGAGUUCAGUGGCUAAGGUGAGGAAGGUUGUUAGUCCCUCAGAUUAUUUAACUUCCUUUUUCAGUUCAACAUUUACUUAAAUAUGUAGUAUAUUUGCUAAGGUCAAAAUAUGUAACUGUAAAGCAUGUGUGCAUGAUGCUUUCAAGCUAAUUUUCUAACCAAAUUUUUUAGGAUACUUUGGGGACAUUUAAAAAAUUGUUUUGCUGUGUCUUUACUAUACUUUCAGUCCCAUUUCUCCCAUGAUUUUUGAGUAUCUUUUAUAUUUCACCAGCAGUGCUUCUAUAGCUUUGUUAUUUAAAGGGGACUUUAUUCGUGUUUGCAAUAGAGUUUUAGAAUAACGUACUUGUAGAAUAAUAGCUAGUAUGUAAACCUAAUAGUUAAUGAUUUCUGAGACAAAUAUGAAUGUCAGGUACUGUGCUAAGUACUUUCAUUCAUUAAAUCUACACCACAACUUGGUAAGAGGAAGAUACUGUGAACUAUCUCUGUUCUCAUAAGGAAAUGGAAUCCAUCAUGAAUAGUGCUGCCCUAUUUUGUGUAAUGUGGGGUGCUGGAGGAACUGAGACAAAGAAAUGACUUAAUAAUAUAUUCAAGGUCAUAUAGACAUGGAGUUAAAUUUUGAACCUAGACAGUCUGGUUCUAGGAUUCAUGCUCUUAACUUUAUAUUAUGUUGUUCUUUACUAAUAUGCUUGGGAUGCUGUCAUUUCUGCCUAUACCAUAUCAGCUGAAUCCAACAAACCUAGAUCUUGCUCCCUUGAAUUUUUCUGUCAGAGUAAUUGUAAAGAAUAAUAUGAACAGAAGUAGUAAACUGGAUUUCACUUUGUGCAAUGAUCUUUGGAUUUGCACAAAAUGUUAAAAGGAUUGAUAUAAAAAAAGGCAGUGCGAUUUGGUCCAUCACUCUUGCAUUUACUGGCAUUACAGCUGCGUGCACAACUUUACACCUGAUUGUUCUUAUUCCUUCAAAUCUUUUACCAUUUGCUUCCUAUAAACUUCCAUAUUAAGUAUUCUGACCAUUUUGCAAAUGAUUAUUCUAUUCACAGAUCUUCAGUGUUGCUGAGUGGUUUCUAGACUAAUUUGAAUAAUUUUUAGAAUGGUUUAUUUUGGUUUGCAGUAGGCUCCUGAUAGAUUUCAUUCAGGUUAAUCACCUUACUCUGCUUCAGAAGAAAGAGAACUAAUCAAUUUGAGCUUUGCAAACAAGAAAAUGAUAUCAAAAUUGAUACCCCUUUCACACCCAUACUUCAGAAUAUUUUAAUUUCUGGACAUUUUUUCAGAUGAAAUGACUUUUAUUUGGGAUAAUCAACUUGGAAUGAUUUUUGAAGUGAAAGAAGGUAUUAAUAAUUUCAUAAGGAUAAUAGGUGUCCUGUACAAACAGGACGUAGGGCCCCCUACUGAAAUAAGGCUCAGAUCUCAGGGUUGCCAUUCUUCCUAUAACAGCAGGAGCUGGACAACUAAACAAACUGUCAUCUGUAGYGAAUGUGAUGCUGUCAGGUUUCCAUGUGUCCUUUUACAAUAUUCUCUCACCCUGCCUUUCCCUCAAAUUGGUGGAUGAAAGAAAAAGUGCUUAUCUUAUGAGCUUUUUCCUUUUCUCAUCCUAAGAUUCAGUCAGAAAUAUAAGGCUAGGUAUUAAAAAAAAAAAAAAA